CCCAAUUCAUCUCUGCUAAUGUCACUCAGGCACCAUUUGUGAGAUUGGAACAGAGACUAUAUAUUAGACUUAGCCAAGCAAAUUCGAGCCUUAAUAGUGAUGGCUCUAUUUUUCCUUGAAUAAAAUUUAAAUAGUUGUGACGCGCGAAGCAAACUGCAGAACGUAACCUAAUGAGUUAAGAGAGAUUUAUUUCGAUUAAAUUAAGUCUCCUUAAAGAGUUUUUGAUUACAAAAUGUUACAUGAAAUUUUGGCGGCGUUAUGGGGCUGCCCUACUAGUAUACUCGAAAUUCUAGAUUCAGACGAUCCUGAAAUUGCAAAAUUUCUCCAUCCUGGCGAAAGAAUAUUGAUUAAAAAAAUUCUAAAUGUAGCCGACGAAUGUAAUGCAAUCAGAACCUUCAUAAAAACUUAUAAUGCCAAUACGUAUGCAGAAUGUACAAGUGUGUUAUAUCAUUGUCCAGAAUCAGAUUGUCUAAGGCAGGGUUUAUAUCUGCAAUCUCUUUGCGAUGGCAUGGAAGAAGCUUUAAAACCAUUUAUGGAUGAAAUUAUAGAUUUAGAAAGAGUCAUAUUAAGUGAUGGGCAUACGCCUAUGACAUUGGUUCUUUGUCGCAUUCAAAGACAUGUCUGCCUUUUCUCAGUCCUUAAUGCUAUCAUACGUGAGAUACGUACUCAAAAGUUGCAUGGAUGUAAAUUGUUGCAAUGUUUGCAUCAGUAUAUGCACACUGGAGUUUCAGAAGUAAAAAUAGCUUUAGAAAAAAUGGUACAUUGUUGCCACGUUAUGUUUUACAAACAAUUAACGAGCUGGCUCUUGUAUGGACAUCUGGAAGACACUUACAAAGAGUUUUUCAUUCAAAAAGUGUCAGAUACCGCAACCUCUUCACUUUAUAGUGUUGUAACCGAUAACACUGGUAGUAGUCAUGAUAAGAGCUCUCGGAGGACAGACAAUGAUAUGUGGAGUUACGAUAUACUAAUAGACAUGCUUCCUUCAUAUAUAACACCGUCCCUUGCAACCAAAAUCUUGACUAUUGGUCAAACUAUUAUCAUGUUUACUAAUGAUCCUCGGCAAGCCAAAGGUUUUCUUGUAAAUGCCAUGGCUAAAAAUUCCAUAUGGGGAGAAAAGGAAUACAAAUAUUUUCAGAAGUUAAGAAACCUUCAAAAGAAGCCAAUCUUUAGUAUCGUUGAGUUUGAACGUACUAUUGAUGAAUUAAAGAAUUGUGUUACCGAACAUCUUUGGUAUGUUGCAGUUGAAGAAGCUCAACUCAUGCAACAACUUAAAUUGAUUAAAGACUUUUAUUUAAUUGGCCGUGGUGAUUUGUUUUUGGAAUUUAUCAGGCUCACUUCACAUAUCCUUAAUAAAACACCUAUCAGUCACACUUCCAGGGACGUGAAUUUGGCAUUUCAAAUGGCACUGAGAAAAAUGCAGAAUAAUGACGAAAGUGCAUUGGAUAGUUUUAAUUUCAAUGUACCACUUCCGGAAACAUCCAACGAACCUGUUGUCGAUCAAGAAAAUGCCGAGUUCUCUGAAAAAGAACGUGAAGAUCCUACUGAUAAACGUGGAUGGGGCUUGAUAGUACUCAAGUACAAAGUAGUAUGGCCAUUACAUCUUCUCUUUAAUCCAAAAGUUUUGGACGAUUAUAAUAUUUUAUUCCGAUUUCUAUUGCGCGUGAAGAAGACCCAGAUUAACUUAUGGAAUCUCUGGACUGAAUAUACGCGUACUAAAAAUGUUGAGAUCGAAGUGAUUCAGCUGAGGAACAAUCUGAUAUUUGUGCUGGAUAAUCUACAGUAUUAUUUGCAAGUUGACGUUUUAGAAAGUCAGUAUACAAUUAUGGAGAACACCAUGAAGAAUACGAGAAACUUUGAGGAUAUACAGAAAGCACAUUCAGUAUUUUUGGCAAACGUUAUGUCCCAGACAUUCUUGGCAGGUAGUAACACGGAGAAGAAAAAUCCUGUGAAUAAAUUAAUAAAAUUAUUGUUGAGGCUGUGCGAUGACUUCAUUUUUCAAGCAUCGAUGUGGAAAAUUGGUAGCUUACUAUUGCCAGAACUGGAAGAGCUUAAAACAUUGUCUAGUACUCUGGACAAUUUAAUGGACUGGUUGACGAAAACUUUGAACAGGGUGCGAUCACAGCCAAGUGGGGAACAUUUAGCACAAUUACUUCUGAGGCUAGACUUCAACAGGUGGUUUAGUAGAAAAAUAAACUCGUGAGUUUUGUUUUCAGUUUCAUACUAUUAAACUAAUUCGGCAUACAUCCAGGUAAAACGAGGACUAUCAGUUGUAAAAAAUAAAGGCACUAUGAAUUAAUAAAAAGUUCGAUAUAUAAA